UCUGUUACCAGUAAGAGUUGUGCUACUGCGAGUUGUUCGUCUUAUACGUGUCCCAAUGAGUCAGCGUGACGUUCAUAUUUUUAGUGACUGUGUUUUAUUGUAUUUAUGUUAAUGAUUGUGAUUUAUUUUGUAGCGUGUAAAAAAUAAUAUUUUAAAUUUUGUCGAUUAAAUCAGUUUUAACGUAUUUCGUCGAUCAGUACGACAUUUUAUAAGUUACGGAAAAUUCGAUUGUACGUGGAUGAUUUAAAUUCGAAACUCUUUGAACUCAUCACGCGGAAACAAGGUGUAACCAUGGACGGUUGAGUUGAAGAUAAAGAUUCUAUUAAAUACGUUGCAGGAUGAGCAGUAAAAUAAGACGGUUGAAAAUUACCGCAGUUGGAGAUGGAAUGGUCGGAAAAACUUGCAUGCUUAUUACUUACACAGCGAAGGAAUUUCCUACAGAAUAUGUGCCAACCGUAUUCGAUAAUUUUGCGGUUAACAUCAUGUUGGAAGGACAAGAGUACAACAUGUGUUUAUGGGAUACCGCGGGCCAAGAAGAUUACGAAAGACUAAGACCAUUGUCUUAUCCUCAUACGGAUUGUUUUCUACUCUGCUUUUCAGUCAAUAGCCGAAGUUCAUUCGAAAACAUUGCCAUUAAAUGGUAUCCGGAAAUUCAACACCACUGCCCGAAAGUACCUGUGAUAUUGAUCGGUACAAAAUCCGACUUAAGACAGAGUCAAAACGAUUGCAUAACAAGAAAAGAGGCCAAGAAAAUGAAAAGCAAGAUCAAGGCUGUUAAAUAUCUUGAGUGUUCAGCAAUGUCUUACGAAGGUUUGGACUCCGUAUUCAUGGAAGCUCUUCGCGCAAGUAUUACUAAACCAAAAAAAAAUUGUUUCACGUGGCCGUUUCCGUUAUGUAAAUAGACUUUUUUUUUUUUUUAUAAAAUCAAAAUAAAAUAAAAAUAUCUCUGCAUAAUAAUGUGCAUAAGCAUUUGCAAUGUUUUAUUUUAGUUAACCCGAUAAGUGUUAAU